AUGUCGACCUCUUUGCCUGGCAACCGGGACCUUCCCCCGUCACAAUAUGACUUGACAACCUACUGGGGUCGCGUGCGCCAUGCCGCCGACAUCUCCGAUCCUCGAACCCUGCUCGUCUCGUCUGCGGGCCUGGACCAUGCCAAACGGCUCAUCGCUUCCUACAAGCAGAACCAGCUCCCUGCCAUGACGCCCGAGCUCUGGCGCGCCAAAAAGGUCGUCGACUCGACCUUGCAUCCUGAUACCGGUGAACCAGUUCUGCUUCCGUUCCGCAUGUCGUGCUAUGUGCUUUCCAACCUGGUGGUUACUGCGGGGAUGCUCACCCCGGGCUUGCAGACCACCGGAACAAUCCUCUGGCAAAUAGGCAACCAGUCCCUCAACGUCGCGAUCAACAAUGCCAACGCUAACAAAUCCACCCCUCUUUCGAUGUCGCAAAUUGGCAAAUCCUACUUGAUGGCCGUGUCCGCCUCGUGCUCCGUGGCCGUGGGCCUGAACGCGCUUGUCCCGCGCCUGAAGCGCAUCUCCCCCAACACCCGUCUCAUUCUCUCGCGACUGGUCCCCUUCGCCGCUGUCGCCAGCGCCAGCGCUCUGAAUGUCUUCUUGAUGCGCGGUGAGGAGAUCCGCCGCGGCAUUGACGUCUACCCAGUCCUGUCCGAGGCUGAGCGCGCCAAGCGCGAGCAAUCUGGCGACGAUGCACAGCCGUUGCAGAGCCUUGGCAAGAGCAAGAAGGCCGCUACCAUCGCUGUCGGUGAGACUGCUAUCAGUCGUAUCCUGAACGCUACUCCGAUCAUGGUCCUGCCCCCGCUCAUUCUGGUUCGUCUGGAGAAGACCCAGUGGUUGCGUGCCCGUCCGCGCAUGGUUCUUCCUGUUAACUUGGGCUUGGUUCUGACUACCUCACUGUUUGCGCUGCCGCUGGCUCUGGCCGCGUUCCCGCAGCGCCAGGCCAUCAGCGCCAGCAGUCUGGAGGAAGAGUUCCGGGACUGUGGUGGCCAUGAAGACAUGGUCGAGUUCAACCGUGGCAUGUAA